AUGUCGCGCGCGCGUCGGACGGCGGCGACGGCGGCGGCGUGCGCGCUUUGGAUGACGUUGAGCGUCGAACGGGCGCGCGCGACGGCCGUGCGCACGAUGGAGGAGUUCUCUGAGCGGGUGUUGAUGGCGGACGCGAACGCGAUCGUGAAGUUUUACGUGGAUUCGUGCGGGCACUGUCGAGCGCUGCGACGGGCGUGGACGCGCUUGGGCGAGACGUUUGGCGAACGCGUCGUCGUCGCGGAAGUCGACUGCGAUGACGCGCGGGAGGUGUGCGCGCGGUACGAUGUGCGGUCGUAUCCGACGAUUCGAUUCUUUGACGAGGUGAACGGGGAGGACGGGGAGGAGUACGGGGGGAACAGAGGCGUCGAUUUCGAUUCGCUCGCCGCGUUCGUCGAGCAUCGUCUCGAACGGUGA